UUGAGCGGGCAAACGUCUCGAAGUUGCGCGUGCGCACGGCGUCGCUCUAACGGACGCCGCGGCGGGUUGAAGGUCGGGGAGCUGUGAAGAUGGUUUUGUUGGAGGUGUCUGGAUACGAUGAGUUUGUGAAGGCGGUGGACGCUAACAAGGAAAACACAAUCUUCGCGUAUUUCACCGGGUCGAAGGACCCGCAGGGUGUGAGCUGGUGCCCAGACUGUGUGACAGCUGAACCAAUAGUCCGUGGACUGCUGAGUGAAUUGCCUGAAGGAUCUGUCUUCAUCUAUUGUCAAGUCGGUGACAAGCCAUAUUGGAAAGACCUUAAAAACGAAUUUCGAACGGUUCUGAAAGUGAAUGCUGUACCAACUCUCAUGAAAUAUGGCACAUCCCAAAAGCUGGUGGAAUCAGAGCUGUUCAAGCCAAAUCUUGUGCAAAUGCUGUUGUCGGAGGAUUGAAAGUUUCUUACUGUACCAGUCACAAUCUUCAAAGCAAAUGAGAAUAAAUUUGACUUUUGGUGAAAAAAUUAAGUACAACCACAUUCCGCUAUGACUGUCUUGAAGCUUAACAUGCAAAUGUUAUUGGGAGCCCUUCAUCAGGUUAUGAUUUAGUUAGAACAUGUGCUAAAUUGUUCUUGAAUCCUUUUCAAAUGUUCAAAGAAUAAUGCAAGGGAAAUGUAAUUGUUAUACCACCUUCAUGAAAUCAGAGCUUGAAUUUUCCUGAAUGUACAAGAUUGUAGAAUGUAUUAAGCUGUGCAAAAUUGAUAGUUUAACUAACUAUUGUCUUUGA